ACAUUCGCCUGUUGUUUUUGUAACUUUUACGAUUGAACAGAUAAUAAGCUGAGCAUAUGAGGUCACUUUAUUAAAAAGCUUCUGAUCUUGUUUAUCAAUAAUCGACCGGUAUCUCUCAUCUUAAAAAGAUGUUUAUCAACAGUGGCCGGGAUUUUGCGUUUUAUUUGUUAACAAUUUCACUGAUUUUCACUACACAAAGAGGAUGUUGCGAUGCCCAACCCUUUAAGUAUGAAACUAAGGAAUUUGAGGUGCCUCUGGAUCAUUUUAAUUUUGCUAUAAAUACAACCUUCAAAUUGCGCUACUUGUACAAUGACUCGUACAUUGAUAAACAAAGUGGAAAAACGCCAUUGUUCUUUUAUACAGGCAACGAAGGUGACAUUGAAUCGUUUGCACAAAAUACAGGUUUUAUGUGGGAACUGGCUAAAGACAAUCGGGCCUGUGUAGUGUUUGCUGAGCAUCGUUACUAUGGCAAGUCAUUGCCUUUUGGUAAUUCAACAUUCAAUGAUUCGAAAAAUUAUGGUUAUUUAAGUGUGGAACAAGCUUUAGAGGAUUAUGCGCUGUUAAUAGCAGAUCUGCAGCAAAAGUUUAACUAUGCUCCUGUCAUAGCAUUUGGCGGUUCGUAUGGUGGCAUGCUGUCCGCCUGGUUUCGUAUGAAGUAUCCACAUUUGGUGCAGGGUGCCUUGGCAGCAUCCGCCCCCAUAAGACAAUUUAAUGGCAUGACUUCAUGUGAUAUUUUUGCAAAAAUUACCACGUCGGUCUUUGCUAGCACUUAUAAAAAUCGCACCUGUAGUGCUAAUAUUAAAAAGUCGUGGGAUUUAUUUAAGCAAAUGGCCUCCACAGAUGAGGGCAAAAAGAAAUUAAACACUGAAUUCUUGUUUUGUAAUCCAAUUAAAACUGAAGCCGAUUUGGACAAGUUUUUUGAUUAUUUGGAAGAUGUUUAUGGUAGUCUUGCCAUGGUUAACUAUCCUUAUAGCAAUGAUUUCUUAAGUCCUUUACCAGCUUAUCCGGUAAGACAGUUUUGUUCAUAUUUACAAAAUCUGCAGACGGGAGACAGUCUAUUUGAGUCUAUGAAGAAAGCUAUAAAUGUAUAUUUCAAUUUUACUGGCUCUGCCAGUUGUCUUGACUACAAAUCUGCCUUUGAUCCUGCCUCUAUAGGCGGCGAUGCCUGGGAGAUACAAACCUGUAAUCAAAUGGUUAUGCCCAUGUGCAAUACUCCCGACACAAUGUUCCGCGUAAAAGAAUGGAAUUUCAAAAAGGAUGCUGAAAAAUGUGUUAGUAAAUAUCAUAUUGAACCGAAAUUAAAUGAUAUUACUAUACGUUAUGGAGGUCGCAAUCUGCGUGACACUUCGAAUAUUAUAUUUAGUAAUGGUCUACUGGAUCCUUGGAGUGGUGGUGGUGUUUUGCAAACAGAUAAUCCUUAUAUCUAUAUAAUUAUAAUACCCGAAGGGGCUCAUCACUUGGAUUUGAGAUCGAGCAAUCAUAAUGAUCCGCCUUCGGUGGUUCAGGCACGUGUACAUGAAUCGGCAAUAAUUAAGAAAUGGAUUGAUGAUUUUCAUUGGUAAAUUUUAGUGUAGUAAUAUGUAAAUUAUUUAUACUUUUAUUAAAAAGAAAAAUUAUAAUCGUACAUAUGUGUAAUGUAAAAUAAAUCUAUAUUCUUAUAAAUAAAGCGAUUUAAAUAAUAAUAAAAAUGGGGA